AUGAUGUCCUUUUGGCAAUUUCUAUUCAUCUUUGUUUAUCUAUUUAAUUCUGCUCAAUGUUUUGAUCCACUUCGUCGUCUUCUAGCAAGCAUUCCACGAACACCUAUUCAACCAAAUGAUGAUCCAGGUGAACCACUCUUCUUAACACCUUACAUUGAAGCUGGUCAAAUUGAUCAAGC